AAAAAACGGAACCCACAGGGCGCGAGUGCGACUCGUAUGUGAGUGAAUUAUUGUUAACAGUUGCUUAAAAAUAGUUUUUUGUUUACUCCUUAAGAAAUAAUCAUUUCAAUUAGUUAAUUACAAUCAAUUAUUAAAGUCAUUCAUAAGUAUUAGAACCAUUUAAACUUCAUUAGCUAACUAUAUCGAUACAAUUAGAAUCUAUUUGAGUUUGCACUGCUUAUGAGCGUCACUAUAAAAGUCAAACCCAGUCAAAUGACAUUGACAGCUAUCACUGUCAGUGUCACAGGACGCUCCGAUCCUCCCCAAAUCUACUGUGGCUUUUUUCUUCUCUUUUACAAUUAUAAUUAAACCGUAUUACAAGGGGAUAGAGCAUCAUUUUCUAAUUUCCUACCAUUACUUUUUCGUCUUCACCGCUGAAGCUGAAUGUACAAUUUAUUGUUUUGGCAGGAAUGGGCUGGGUGGUUGACUAGGCGGUAGGCGCCGGAUUGACCAAGGUUAUGUAUGUAGACUUUUUAAAACUAUAGUUUCGGAUACAUUAUUUUCAUAAUCAAGAGGUUAAAAACCCCGUUGUAAGAAUGUCGGGAUUUGAGAAUGGAAGUAUAACUUUGGACGAGGAGCGGGACGUCUACUAUGCCGGGCAAGUGUUGUCAGGGAAGCUUGAGUUUGGAAUUAAUCAGCCACUACAGUUCAAGGCCAUCAACCUAGUGUUUCACGGGGAAGCCAAUGUGUCUUGGGAGGAAACAGAGGUGGAGGAAUAUGACGGAGUGCGGAGUUACAAUAACAUACCAUAUGGCGGCGAAGAGGUGUUCUUCCAUGUAGAGCAAUGUGUCUGUGGAGGUGUUGGUGUAUCUCAGCUGCAGCCCGGUAGCCACAUGAUACCGUUCCGGUUCCAAAUACCGCCCACAGUGCCUUCGAGCUUCGGUACUGGGGAUGAUGAUGAAGAGAGAACCAUUUAUUACUUUGUAAAGGCAGUUCUCGAGUACCACGAUGGCCGUGAGAGCGAGGAGUUGGAGAAAGAUUUCGAAGUUGUGGUGCCACUGGAUUUGAACCUCAACCCAGAGAUGCAGGUAGAAAACGAGGUUAUCUUCGAGGAAGCCAUCAGCUCCUGCUUCUGUGGCUCAGGGCUAUUGAAGGUGAUCGUGACUCUGCCAGCCACCGGCUUCGCACCCGCCAUGGUGAUGCCGAUUGCUGUCAAAGCUGACAACCAGAGCUCCGUGGAGGUCACUAAGAUUAUCUUCGAGUUGGUCCAGAGGGUGAAAUAUUUCAGCACGGACCCCCCAUCGAAGAAAGAGGAACCGGAAGUCAGGCUUCAGUACUCUAAAACCGGUGCUAUCCCAGCCAAGACGAGGAGAAACUUCGAACACAACUUCCGGAUACCGGAUUUAAUACCGGUUAUCACGCAGAAUUGUAAUACCAUCAAAGUGGGCUACUUUUUUAAGAUAAAAAUAGUCCUCAGCGGCUGCAACGACGACGUAGAAGAUGAAAUGGAAAUUUGUCUCGGACAGAUUCCCAUACGAGAGAUGAUAGACGGCGAAUACGUACAUCCCUUACAAAGCGACUUACCUAUGGGCCCUAUGCCUCAUCCAGGAGAACCACCUAUAGAAAUACCACCUUACGUAUAUCCUUCGCAGACUAUACAAGUUGUUUCUACUUAUACUGUAAGUGCUUAUCCUGGAAGUUACGCCCCGCCUGCAGGGUAUCCUUAUCCUAAUCAAAAUCAACCUUACCCAGGUGCAAACCCUAGCCCGAAUCCACCCUACCCUGGCGCUAACCCACCAUACCCUGGUGUUAAUCUUACUACUGGCCCGAACCCACCUUACCCUGGACCUAACCCUCCCUAUCCUAGUAACCCUGCUCCCGCUGCCCCUGUGAUAGGGUUUGUGGCCAGUCCAGCGUACCCUCCUGCUACGGGAACCUCUACGCCUUUCAAUCCAAGCGCGCCUCCGGAGUAAGUUUUACCUAUGGGUAAUUGUAACGUCGAGUAAUGUAGGAUUUACAAAACGAGCCUUGUGAGAGUCAAAAGAAUUUUAACCUUCCAUACCGCAGUUUCAUUUCAUAUAAAUAAUGGCGCCAAUCCUAGCUCCGUCGAAUGCUUGCUAUAUUACUGCUGCCAUAUAAAUACCAAAUUAAUAUUUUUAUGGAAUAAUAAUGACACCAAUAAAUUGCUCUGAUAUUUAGCUUAAGAUAUUAUACAUAUUUGUAUGAAUAUUCAUAAGUGCUUGUUGCUGGGCCUACUUGAAUAAAAAAUAUUUUGAAUCUUGAAUAUGAAAUCUAACUACUGUGUAGAAGGUUCGAAUUUGUUUGACUAAUAGGACGCGCGCGGAUUCUGGCCGAUUGCAAAUCCUAUACCCUGCCUGCCAUAUUAUGAUAUGGCAGGCAGGGUAGUUCACGAAAACGUAUAAUGAAUAUGAAAUUAUUGUUGGUAUCCCGUGCCUUUGAAAUUAAUGAUAAGCACAAAUUAUACUAUUAUUUAAUUUUUAUACGCUUUUAUAAAUUUCAUUGUAAUAACAAGUAAUCUAACAUGACCUCUCGGCCUAUGAUGAUCACGCUUUGGUCGUUUGUGUGGCUGUCACAUACUAACUACGUGAGUGCAACCAUCCCAUCCCUACAGGUGGUAUUGAUUUAACAAUAAAAAAAUAUUUUUUGAACUACAUGUACUUACCUUCUUUAAUAUUUAUGACUAUUAGUAGGAAUUGCAAAUGGGUGUGGUAUGUAUAGAUUACCAACAAAGGGUAACCCAUUGUAUAUGCAAAGGGGUUACUUUUCUUACAAGCGACUGUACUUAUUGUUUAGUUAAGCUGUAGCAUCGUCUUAUUACCUAGGAGCUAUACAUACGUCGAAGUGAAUUAGAUUCAGAUUAUAUAUGAGAAAUAAGGGCAGAACAAGAUAAAAUAUGAACUAUCUAUAUACAGUUACUUAUCGUUAAGAAUUUCGAAAGACAAAUACUAAAAAAUUAUCUGUAUGUGUAGUCUUGGCAUUCAUUGUAUUCGCCGUCUACCUGUAAGAGCUGUCAUUGUAAUACAAACCUUCAGCUUUGGUAAUAAAGAAAAUUUUGGAAUCCAGCUAAAAUAUUUUAAACAUACAAAAAUAAACGAUUAUAACCUCUAUAAGUAUUUGUUGCUGGACUACCUCAUGUGCAUUUGUAAUUUAUAAAACUAUGUUUGUACAGAAUAGUUUUAUAAAUGUUGUGUUAUUUUUAAAUUAUCUAGGCCUUUUACUUAUAGGGUACAAAUAGUUAAAUACAUAAUCACAAAUAACGCAUAAAAUGAUAUUAAGAUUUACGUUAGCUGUAUGUUGGUAUGUGCCAUUAAAAGGUGCUAUAUUUCAGAUUUUUUAAACGAUAUUAUACAUUUAUACCCUAUUGUAUUUGUUAUUGCUCUGUAUAUUAGAAUUAUGCUAUUGCGCAAAUAAAUUAUUGAUUUCUGA